GAAAUCCCUAUUUCUAAAUAGUUCUUGGGAAACAGCUCGUUUCCCGAUUUUGGUUUUCUCAUCUCAAAACGAAAGUCCGCUGGCCGCCAAGUACACGGUCCCCCGAGCCCCACUCUUUAAGCUCAUUAUGGAGAAGCAGGUGGUGGAAAGGAGCAGAGCAGCCUUCCUGUCUGGGAGGUCGCGACCCCUGGGGUUCAGAGUUCAGCAGCUGAAGGCCCUGCGUCAGAUGAUGGCAGAGCAUGAGUCCGAAAUCUCCGCCUCUCUCAAACUAGACCUGCACAAGAGCGGUUUUGACGCGCAGCUGUUCGAGCUCAUCGGCCUGGAGGGGGAGAUCUCCCUGGCCCUGGACCGGCUGGCGGAGUGGGCGGCGCCUCGGCCGGUGGAGAAGACCUUGCUCACCAUCAAUGACCAGGUGUUCAUCCAGCCCCAGCCCCUGGGGGUGGUGCUCAUCAUCGGAGCCUGGAACUACCCCUGGGCACUUACCCUCCAGCCCCUGAUCGGGGCCAUUGCAGCUGGCAAUGCUGCUGUGGUGAAGCCAUCAGAGUUGAGUGAGCAUUCCUCCAGACUUCUACAGGAGCUCCUCCCACAAUACCUGGAUAAGGAGAUGUACCCCGUGGUGUUGGGGGGGGUGCCGGAGACCCAGGAGCUGCUGAGGCAGCGCUUUGACCACAUCUUCUACACGGGGAGCAGCAGUGUGGGGAAGCUGGUGAUGGAGGCCGCCGCCCGUCACCUGACCCCCGUCACCCUGGAGCUGGGGGGGAAGAGCCCCUGCUACAUACACAAGGACUGUGACAUCAGCACGGCCUGCAGGCGAAUCACCUGGGGGAAGUUUUCAAACUGCGGCCAGGCCUGCAUCGCCCCCGACUACAUCCUGUGUGAGCCCAGCAUCCAGGACCGGGUGGUGCAGGAGAUCCGUCACACACUGCAGGAGUUCUAUGGUGAUGACCCCAUGACCUCCCCGGAUUAUGGACGCAUCAUCAGUCAGCGCCACUUCAUUCGAGUCAUGGCCCUGCUGGAGGGCUGCACAGUGGCACUGGGUGGCAGCAGCGACCAAUCACAGCGCUACAUCGCCCCCACUGUCCUGACGGACGUGCACCCCGCCGCCAGGGUGAUGCAGGAGGAGAUCUUUGGCCCCCUGUUGCCCAUAGUAACGGUCAGCGGGGAGGACGAGGCCAUUCGCUUUAUCAACGAGAGAGAGAAGCCCCUGGCCCUGUACGUCUUCUCCUCCAGCAAUAAGGUGGUACGGCGCAUGCUGGAUGAGACGUGCAGCGGGGGCGUGACUGUGAACGACGUGAUGAUGCACUACACGCAGAGCUCCCUGCCCUUCGGCGGCGUAGGCCACAGCGGAACGGGCCGGUACCACGGCCGGCACACCUUUGACCAGCUGAGCCACCUGCGAGGCUGCCUGGUCCGACCCCUGGCUCUGGAGGGCCUGAACCAGGCCCGCUACCCGCCCCAGUCCCCCGCCCGACUGCGCAGAGUUCGCUUCUUCAUGCUCCGGCGCCUGUGCAGCUGUGCCAGGUUCACCUGCGUAUGGGCCAUUCUAGCCUCCAUUUUGGCUCUGGGGCUGCUUAUUGCUCUGCUGGUAGUGCUGCUGAAGAAUCCACCAGAAUGAAACUUCAUGGGUUGUGUUAGCAGAAGUGUCAUUCUUUUCAUGGCGUUCCCAUGGUGAUGGAGCAGCAGGACUAAAAGGGGGAUGGUCCAGACAUCAUGAGAUCUCCAUAGGACCAGUAUCUAUUUUCAAAUACUUAUCAAUAUGAAUAACUAUUUCUUUCCUAAUACUAGUGCAGUGUAUUGUAUUAUUGUAUUCUAUGUCAAAUUAUUUUUUAAAAUUUGGAUUAUAUAAACAAUAAUGCAUAAAGCAGUGUGUAUGAUGUAGAAGCUUAAGUGUAGAAAAGGCUUCCUGUGGCUGUUAUAUGGUCACACGCUCAGCAAUUAAGUAUUUCAUACUAAAAUUAUGCUUACUUUGCAAAUGCAUUUUAUAAUCUGUCACUAAAAUGUGUGCUUUUAAAAGGGAUAGUUCGCUUUAUCGCAUUUGUAAAUAUUAUUUUAACUUUAGUUUUUGAUUGGCCCAGCUAGUUUCUGUUUGCUGUGAAGGAUAUUAUGGAUAUUUAGAGAGUUUUCUGAUGUCCUGCCAGCUUUAUAAUCUCUGUUCUGGUGUUUGAGGUCUAAAGCACGGAAAACAGUCAUUUGGCAGAACCUUUAAGGUUACAGUUUCCCUCCAGUGGUUUACACAUGUAGCCUUAUACUGUUCUACGUAAAGAUACAGUAUGUUUAAUAAAGCUGUGCAGGAGCUGCCUCUGACCACA